GGAAUCGUUAGUGUGUGACACACCGCGGUAGAGCCAUGUGGAACGUGUUGCGUUGCCUGCGUCGUUAAAGCGUCGCUCGGUAAAACUAGCUCGUCGUCCACAUUUAACGGUCACAAUGAACGUAAUUUCUAUUGAAAGCUAAACGAUAAUGAAUUAACAGUCAAUGUUGUUAUUGUUGACUAGCUCUACAGUUCGCUGAAUAAUGGGGAAAUCGAAGACCAAGAACCAAAAAAAGUCGCGAGCAACAGCUAACCAUGUGGCCGAGGAGACCUACAGCGCUGUUCCUCACUCCUUCGUGUUCAAUCGAGGUCAGAUUGGGAAGAACGUGGGUCAGCUCAUCGUGGACGUACGGAGAGUCAUGGAGCCGUUCACUGCCGAGUCUUUGAAGGUUAGGAAGAAGAAUGUGCUGAAGGACUUUGUGGCUGUAGCAGGACCACUGGGAGUGACUCACUUUAUGAUGUUCAGCAAGACUCCCAGCUGUACUAACAUGAGACUGGCCCGACUUCCCAAAGGUCCCACACUUAAUUUCCGAGUGCUCAAGUAUACUCUUGUCAAAGAUGUGGUUUCAUCGCUGAAGAAGCACCGGAUGCACGAGCAGCAGUUCACACACCAUCCGCUACUCAUCCUCAAUAACUUUGGAUCUGAUGGCAUGCAUGUCAAACUCAUGGCCACCAUGUUUCAGAACAUGUUUCCUUCCAUUAAUGUGCAAAAGAUAAGCCUCAAUAAUAUCCGGAGAUGUGUGCUGCUGAAUUACAACCCAGUGACCGAGGAAAUUGAAUUCCGUCAUUACAGCAUGAAGGUCGUCCCUGUGGGCAUGAGCCGUGGAGUCAAGAAGCUGAUGCAGGAGAGGUUCCCAAACAUGAGCAAGUUUGAGGACAUCAGUGAGCUGAUGAUAAAGGGGGCAAACCUCUCAGAAAGUGAAGCGGAGCAAGACGGGGAGCACAACAUAACCGAAUUACCGCAGGUCUACUCCGGCCGAGGCAACAUGGCCUCCCAGCAGAGUGCCGUCCGUUUGACCGAGAUUGGUCCUCGCAUGACUCUGCAACUGACAAAGAUAGAGGAAGGCAUGGGAGAUGGGAAUAUCCUUUAUCACACCGCAAUCUCCAAGACGGAGGAGGAAAUCCUGGAGAUCGUGAGCAGGAAGGAGGCCCAGCUGAAGGAGAAGGCCGGUCGCCGGAAAAAGCAGGCGCAGAAUGUUGCUGAGAAGAAGGAAAAAAGAGACGCAAACAAGAAAAGGAGCCUGGAGGGCAUAAAGAAGAAACAAGCGGAGGCUGAAGAGGACAGUGAGGUGGAGGAUCCCGGCAUGCCGGACGGUCAGGUUGCUGCUGUUGAAUCUGAUGAUGAGGUGGAGUACUACAGACAGGCUGUAGGACAGGAGCCAGAUGAAGACAUGUUCCCUGCUAACAAGAGGAGGCAUGGCUCAGAGAGAAAUCAGGGACCUGCCAAGAAGAGGAAGAUGUCACCGGGUCAACCAUUUAGAAAAGACCGGGACACGAGAUCACCCAAGAGAAACGGUCCAGGAGGUCACGGAGACACAAGAUCACCUAGGAGAAGCGGUCCAGGAGGUCACGGAGACACCAGAUCACCCAGGAGAAGCGGUCCAGGAGGUCACGGAGACACAAGAUCACCUAGGAGAAGCGGUCCAGGAGGUCACGGAGACACAAGAUCACCUAGGAGAAACGGUCCAGGAGGAUACGGAGACAAAACAGGAAAGGGGUGGAAGCAAUCUGGGGAUGGGGAUAAACCAUUUGGAAGGAAAAUGAAGCCCGGAGGAAAGGCGUUCGGCACAAAGAAGCUUGGCGAUAGGGAUAACAAAUUUGGCGGGAAGAAGAGAUUUGAAGGGAACAAAACAUUCGGUGGAAAUAAGGACAAAUCCUUCAAAUCUAAAGGUCCAAAAGGCAAGCCGGCCUCCAAGAAGAAAGGUUCAGGGGUAAAGCAUGGCUCUAAACAGAGGAAGGGGAAAGGCUUGUCGGCUGAAAUGAAGAUGGAGCACAGUUUCGCCGUGUGUGAGAAGUUUCAGAAGGCCCUGCUGCCCUCCGUGUACGGCGUUGAGUUCCUCGUGGCUCUGGCCGGAAACCUGUUCGCCCUGCGGCUGCUGGUGGUUCGAGAGAGACGGAACUGGCACACCGGGGUCGUCCUGGCCUGCAACCUGGCCAUCAGUGACCUGCUGUAUGUCCUCACCCUGCCCCUGCUCAUUGUCUACUACGCGCUGGACAAGCACUGGGUGUUUGGCAACGCCGUGUGCAGACUCGAGCGCUUUCUUUUCACCUGCAACCUGUAUGUGAGCAUCUUCUUCAUCAUGGCGAUAAGCGUGAACCGCUGUGUGGCCCUCCGGUUCCCCUUCUUCACCCGAUCCAGUGUCCAGCCCGGCCACGCCAAGGCCGCCGGCGUCCUCAUCUGGGUCCUCGUAGGCGUCAUCUCCUGCCCUGUGCUGCACUUUGCCUCCGUUUGCCCCAGUGAGCACAACAUCACGACUCUGUGUGUGUCCUUCUGUGGACAGAGGCUCGGGGAUGAAAGCCGUCACUUCGCUUACAGAAUGUUCCUGGCUGUGUUUGGUUGUCUGGUUCCCUUCCUGGUUACUUUCUCUUCUUACUGUGUGGUGAUUUUGGUGGUGUGGAAAAACGCCAGCAUCACCACACUGGAGAAACGUAAGGUCGCCCUGUUGGUCUUAUUGGUGCUCGUGCUUUAUGCCAUUUCCUUUGUGCCGUACCACGUCUUCCAGCUCUAUCACUUGUAUAUGAAAAUCCACAAUCCCAACAGCUCGGUCUGUUGGGUGUAUGACUCGUACCAGGUGUCCAAGGGACUGGCCACUCUGAACAUGUGCAUCCAUCCAGUCCUCUACAUGGCUCUGUUCGACAGUAUGCGAGUAGCUUGCUGUGGGAAGAGCCCAGAGGACGACCACAACAGGGGGGUGAGGAGGAAGGAGAGAGCUGCUGCUUGACAGCUUUUCUGGCAACUUCAUCAUCUUUUCAUGCUGUGAAAAUGUGUUUUUCUUAUUUCUGAAGCUAACUUUGCAACAUAAUCCUAUGUGAUAAAGAUUUAUUUAUUGCUGAUUAUCAUCAUUCUGAUUCAGUUGAUCUGACAACAGAGAAAGUUCAGAUUGUAAUCCUGCACAGUUGGUUGAGUAUUCAGAGGCAUUUUGCUUCAUUACAGAGGAAUCCUGUUGUCUUUGAGAGAGUUUUUGUUUCAAUUAAUCAAUGUUGACUUCUGAUCCCAGUUCAUGUGCUUUAUAAAUUAUAAGUUUUCUUUCCAGUUUUCUUUGAAAGCUGAACGAUGAACAUUCUCAACAAAACAAAAUGGCAGAAAAGUAAAUGACAAAAACAUUUUUGUGCAGCUGUCGCACCCUGGCUUGAAAACAGUGACAAAAACCUGAUCCAAAUAAAGUGGUUUAUUAAACAAAAAGUAAGUCAAUAUAAUUCAAAUAAAUGUAUGGCAGUAUUGUGAGUGUAAUGUAAAUUUGCUACAUGUGUCUUUUGCUGUAAAAACAAAGAAAAUAAACCAAAAGCUCUGAAAAUACA